AUGGCGGACAAGGACGAGCAUGAUGCUCCGGAAGAAGAAACGAAGCCAAAUGACAAACAUAAUUGGGGUGCUGCUGAUCUUGAAAAGGUGCGGCAAAAAAUCAUAAACAUCAAAAAGGACGACUUAGAAAUGAUUAUGAAUGAGCUGGAGCUACCUAAGAGCGUUGUCGAGAGGAAAUUGAUAGAAGUGAACGGUGAUCCAAUAGCAGCCAUGAAGAGUUUUAUGGGAUUUGAUCCUUAG